GACGAGCUUUAAAUAGACACUGCUAGUCAAUUUCCCCCAAAUCAGAAGGUUAAAAAGGUAAGUGUCUGGCAUUGCCAUGUCGUAUGUGGCUGUGGCCGAUAGCGAUCAGCUGCAUCCCGACCAAGCCUUUCUUUACUUAGACGGUGGCGGUGGAUCAUCCAACGAUUUCCCUGGGCGACGAUCCCCGACUUCUCUGCUGCAACGCGACUCCUGCCCCUUCAGUUUCAGAAAGAAGAACCCAAUACAACAUUAAUUGAGCAGCUGGUUCUUCCAGCUGCUCUCACCAAUCUUCUUGACAGAGCCAGUUCUCACAAUACCGGCGCAUUCUCGAUCACCCCGCGCUCCCUUAUCGUCUCCCCCCUUGGGAACCUCACCGUCACGACAAACCCCAAACUUGUUGAGAUUGCAAGCGGUGCAAGGCCCGACACGAUACCAUGACUUCCUACUUUGCGUCUUUAACAUCGUCGAGCGCCAUCUCGAACCUCGGCACUCGUUUCAACUCUCUCCGUCGCGCCAUCAGCUCCGGCGACGAGGUCGACGACACCGAGAAUGAAGACUGCUCCCACAUCUCGAAUGUCCUGCGCGCAUAUUACAUUGAGAAAGGACGUCCAUUCCCCGGAUGGUUGCCACCAGAUCCCAAGGCUCCAGCUGCCCCUCAACCUCGGAUGGUCGCGACACAGGCAGCUCUACAACAAGGCGGUUACGGACAGGCACAAGGACGAGGAGCGGGCUUGAGUGACCUGUGGGGAGACUCGACGGCAUCGCAACCACCACCACAACAGCAGACGUUAAGUCUUCGUCGUGGACGUUCACAGGCUCCCGCUGGAACACACUCGCUCUCUACAUCCCCGAGUCCUGGAUCGCGACCAUCAACAGCAACUCCUCCACCACCGAUGGGGGCCCGACCCCUCCCAAGUCAACGCGGGGCUUCAUACCAAAGCACACAGUCUGCACCACAAGGCCGUCUUGGACUCGACCGUGCUGGCUCGGGAGGAAGCUCUGCCUCGGACAGACUACGCGCACGGCUACAAGGAUCUUUUGGAGGAAGCUCACCGAGUCCACCGCCAGCUCAGUCUCCUGGAAGCGCUCCGAUGGGCUCCAGUCGAUGGGGGUCUACAGACUCUGCAGCAUCUGAUAGCGGUUACGGAUCCAAUCCAUACGCUGGUGGAAGCGCCGGAAGUGGAGCAGGAUCGCGCAGACCAGUCGGCCUACCUUCAGGACCCAAACUGCGUGGUCCGCGAUAAAGGAUUCCAAGGCGGUCCCUGUCUCUCUUCAUGGAUUCACUGCUCGAGGAUCGCUGGUAGAUGGCUCUGGCAUAUUGCAUUUGUGAUCCGGUUGCAUUAGUGAUUCCCCAGUCUGUUGUUGUAUAAGAGCAUUGGCCUAAGCACUACAUCUCGCAAGGCGUUUGGUAUUAUCUGUUGCAUCCAUUUCAAUCAGUCGUCAAGUAUAGACCUGCACUGUACAUACGCAUUAAUAAUGAUUAGGACAAUCUUGAGAGCCUCAUUUCUGUGAC